ACCCAGUAAUUACAGUUGAAGUGAUAAACUCAUAAGCCCUACUCUCCUCUCCUUUCUUUGUUCUCAGAAUACACAGAAAUGGAGAGAAGUUGCAUUUGGAUGAGGCGUAUUGUUCUGGGUUUUAAUCCUCUACUUCUCACUUCUACUUCUCCUUCUCCUUCAAUCUCCACCCUUCAUUUUCCAUCACCAUCAUCUCAAAUUCUCUUCUCUCUCCUCCCAUCCCACCAUCGUCGCCGCUCUCUUUCCGCAACCGCUUCUUCUCCUUCCUACCCUCUCCAUUCCAUCCCAAAUAAUUCCUUUUUUUCUGGAGCUGCUGAGAUCAAAUCCGAUGAAGAGAAACCCAAGACUUUGAUCAAGGGAAUGAGAUACCACGAGCUUGAAAAAUGGGUUCAAUCACAUGGGUUUAGGCCUGGUCAGGCGCUGAUGUUGUGGAAACGUCUCUAUGGUGACAACAUUUGGGCUCAUUCUAGUGAGGAAUUGGAAGGUCUAAACAAAGAUUUCAGAAAAAUGCUGAGUGCUCAUGCAGAUUUUAGGGCCUUGUCUCUGAAAGAGGUUCGCUCAGCAUCUGAUGGAACUAAAAAGAUAUUAUUCACUUUGGAAGAUGGACUGGUAAUCGAAACAGUUAUUAUUCCUUGUGAUCGGGGAAGAAAUACAGUGUGUGUUUCAAGUCAAGUGGGUUGUGCCAUGAAUUGUCAGUUUUGCUUCACUGGAAGGAUGGGAUUAACAAGGCACCUAACUGCUGCUGAGAUUGUAGAACAGGCUGUAUUUGCUCGACGUUUGUUCACAGAGGAAGUUGGGUCAAUUACCAAUGUUGUUUUCAUGGGCAUGGGAGAACCACUUCAGAAUGUUGACAAUGUCGUGAAAGCAGCAGAUGUAAUGGUGGAUGACCAAGGACUUCAUUUCAGUCCGCGGAAGGUUACAAUUUCAACCAGUGGGCUGGUCCCACAAUUGAAGCGUUUUCUUCAUGAAUCCAAUUGUGCUCUUGCGGUUAGUUUGAAUGCUACUACUGAUGAGGUGAGGAACUGGAUCAUGCCAAUAAACCGGAAGUAUAACUUGGAACUACUUCUUGGAACACUUAGGGAUGAAUUGCGACAUAGACAUAAUUACAAAGUUCUCUUUGAAUAUGUGAUGCUUGCUGGAGUCAAUGACAGCAUGGAGGAUGCGAAGAGGCUUAUUAGUCUUGUUCAAGACAUACCAUGCAAGAUCAAUCUAAUCCAGUUUAAUCCUCACAGCGGGUCUCGCUUCAAGCCAACCAAAGAGGACAAGAUGAUUGAGUUCCGGAAUGUUCUGGCAGCUGGUGGUUGCACUGUCUUCUUACGCCUUAGUAGGGGUGAUGAUCAAAUGGCUGCUUGUGGCCAACUCGGAAAACCUGGAGACUUUCAAGCCCCUUUGCUUCGAGUCCCUCCUCAAUUUGAGAAAGUAUUAAACGCUUGAAUCCUGACUUUAGACAGAUUUAUCUACAACUAAUCUCAUGCUAUUAGGCCAUUUGCUUGUAUAUUCAACCCUUUAAUUGCUAUUGUUACUUUUCAUCGUGUAGCUAUAGCAUAUAGAUAUCAAAUAUUUAUUGGAUUUGGACGAAAAUGUUUUCCUUAGUUAACUCUCCUACACCAAAUGAGAAGAACAAACGCGAUCGGACUAGAGAGUAUAAAACUCACUUUGGUCCCUGUUC